AUGGUCAUCCUGCAACCCUUAUUCACACACUCCGGCCGGAUCUACGAGAAGCAGUGGACACUGUACCCUCAAUUAGCAGAGGCCAAAAUCGCCAUGGAGAAGGCGAUCAGGCAGAAGCACGGAGACAAAAGCGCGCUGGAAAGGAAACGGAUCCAAGACAGAGCCAUCGUUCUCGAACGGAGACAAUUGCUCAAGCGGAACCGAGCACAGUCUUGGAGAAUCCAUCUCGCGCUCCUCAAAUUCCCAAUCUGGUUCACGAUGAUGGAGACGAUCCGACGGAUGACGGGGACGGAGGAGGGAAUGCUGAACUUGGCCGCCAAGUCUCUGAUAGCGCUCAAAGGGCAGCAGAACCCUGGCGCAGGCACAGUGGACGAAUCGGUACCCAUGGGACCAUCCCUAGCCACCGAGGGGAUGUUAUGGUUCCCCGACCUCGCGAUGCCCGAUCCUUUGCUCAUCUUGCCCCUCGCCCUAUCCGCCAUCAUGUUCGCAACGAUCUCGUCUCCCAACGACACCGUCGGUCUCCUCGCAAUGCCGGGCUCGUCGCCCGAAACCGCCAGGAAGGCCCGCGCUUGGAAUCUACGGAAACAGAAGACCUUGAAGAUCGGAGCCCUCGCGCUCGCGCCCGCCACGCUCCUGUUCCCCAGCGCCAUGCUCCUCUACUGGGUCUCCGGCGGCCUGGCCGCCAUCGUCGCGGCUUCUCUCCCCCGGAUCCGAUCCUUCCGCGCGACACGGUCGCCCGGCAAGAAGGGCGAGCCGGGCGCGGACGACGCGCCCGCCGAGGCCAAGCCGCAGGUGCGGGGAUAUCGCUGUCCGACGAUGAAGGAGCUGAGGAGUCCGACGACGAAGAAGAAUGGAAAGUGA